UGGCUGGGUCACGUGACUGUCAAUGGAAUCCUGUAUUGUGGUGAAAAUGUUGACAUUGUGAAUGGUCAGUGGAUCUAGAUUGUUCUCUAAUGACAGUUCUUCUAAGUGGCCAGCAGUGGUGUGAGCCUGGAGGUGAAGGAAAGCCAUGGAGUUUCCAGAUCACAGUCGCCGUAUCCUGCACAGUUUGCGUGACCAGCAGUUGCAAGGAUUUCUGUGCGAUUGCCAAGUCCUAGUUGGUACCGCCCACUUUCUGGCUCACCGCUCUGUCCUGGCCUCUUGCAGCCCCUUUUUUCACAUGUCGUGCAGGGAGCGUCCGGAUACACGCGACCUCACGCUCAAUAACCAGAUCGUCACAGCACCAGCCUUUUCUCUACUUCUUAACUUCAUGUACUGCGGGCGACUCAGCUUCCAGGAGGCACCCGCCGAGGAUGUCCUGGCCGCCGCCAGCUACCUUCACAUGGACGAGGUUGUAAGGGUCUGCAAAAAGAAGCUGCAGGGCCGAGCACCAGCAGAAGCAGACAGCACACGACGAGAAGAGGAGAGCUCCACAGCCUACCAUUUAGCAGAGAGGGAAGAUGUAAAGCUGGGACAACAGGGUAUAGAGUGUGAGCAGAGUGGAACAAGAAAUGUGGCAUUCCAAGGUGAUGAAGCAGAAGGAAGUGAGCAGAAAGUGCCAGGAAAUGCAGUGUACCAGAUUCAGGAAGGAGCAGGGAGUUCUAGGUUCCAGAGACAGGAGGCAGGAGGAACAGGGCAGAGAGUGGCAGGGAGUUUUGGUUAUCAGGCACAGGAGGUGUCAGGAAAUAGACCGAGAGCAGCAGUGAAUUCUAGGCUUGAGGCACAUACAAUAGUAGAAGGUGGACAAGAAGUGGCAGGAAGUUCUGGGCUUGGUAUACAAGAGGGAACAGGAAGUGGACAGGUGGUUGCAGGUAGUGCAAGAGGCCAAGGGCAGCAAUUAAGCCUAAGUCAUCAGGAGGUGGCAGGGACUUCAAGGUUUGAGGUGCCAAAAAGAACGGAGAAUGAGCAGCCAAUCCCAGAGAGUGUGCGAUUUCAACAGCACGAUGCUCCUCAAAGUACAGUCACACUGCCCACUCACAGGUAUCCUACAGAAAUCCAGGAUACUUGUGCCAGUACACAGGCAGCCCCCUCUAGAAACUCCCCAAAGAGGCAAGAACCAGCAGGAAGCACGCAGGGUACGAUGGGAGGUUCCAGGUAUUCUCUACCAUCUCAAGAAUCUGUACACAUUAACAACCAAGUACUGACAAUGCCUAGAAUGUCUCUGGAAAAUCACACAGAAGCAGGGACAACUUUAUCAGUUUCAGGGAGUUUCAGAUAUUCCUUGCAAACAUCAGAGCCUGCUGGUAGCACAAUGGCAACACCAGCGACUUCCAGGUACUGUGUACAGAGUCCCCAGUUUGCAGGGAAUGCAGCAGUGCAACCAGGUGCAUCUAGAAUUCCGUUGCAGGCACAAGAGCCAACUGGUAGCAUGCAGUUGGCUCCAGCUCGGCCCAGAUACACUCCUCAAGUUCAGGAGCCUACAGGCAGUAUUAGUACACCACCAGGCCUUUCCAGAUACUUUUUACAAAGUCCAGAGUCAGCAGGCACCACACAGGCAGUAGCCGGUACAUCCAGAUAUCCCUUUCCGACAUCUGCUUCUCUAAUUGAAAAGCAGAGAGAAGAGGGUGAUUGUGCCAAGUCAGAGCUAACAGUGACCACCACAACACAGCCUGGCAUGGAGACGGCAGCUGCUUCUAGCCCAUGCAGCUCCACUGGUAGUGAAGUGCACUCAGGUGUUACAGUGAAGGUAGAGGCCAUUGUGAUAUCUGACGAGGAAUGUGACAGAGGAGCUGGAUCUUUUAAACGGCAUGACUUUGAGGAGGAGGAGGAGGAAGGAGAAGCGGAAUCUAGCUACUUGCCUUAUCAUAUGAUUGCAGUUCCAGGUGGGCAUCAACCUGGUUAUGGAACCCUUCUGCCUCCUUCCAUCCACGCAGAGACCAUGUAUUUGCAGGAUUUUGAAGGACAUCCUGGUUUUCCCCUAUUCCCAGAGGAUGUUCCCACCUGCAAAACAUGUGGCAAGACUUUUUCUUGCUCCUACACACUCAGGCGACAUGCCACUGUACAUACCAGAGAACGUCCCUAUGAGUGUCGGUAUUGUUUACGCAGCUACACUCAAAGCGGGGACCUAUACAGGCACAUCCGUAAGGCACACAGCCAGCUUGAGCCAAGUCUCAAGAAACCAAAGGGGGAAAUGGAGCCAGCACCCCCUAACUUGCCUUGAAGACUUAGAUUAAAGCUUGGCAUCUUCAACUAUGAAUUCUAUUCUGGCACAUGCGGAUGUUCAAGGAAAAGAGUUUUUUCUAGGCCCAUGUGACCGAUAAGAACAUUCAGACUAAAUGUCAGGUUCAAGUACAGUAUAUUUGACUGUUGUAAUUUAUUCUUUUUUUUUUUUUUUUUUUCUUUGCACAAAUGUUUUGUUCCCAAUGUUAUCAUUACAAAAGAAGGAACGCCAUUUAAUCAAGAUUGAAAGUUCAACAUGUUUUCUUUACAAAAAG